AUGGCCAAAAAGCCAAGCAUGGGCCGCCAAAAGAUCAAGAUCGAGAAAAUCGAGGUAAAAAACCACCUCCAAGUCACCUUCUCCAAGCGCCGUUCAGGCCUCUUCAAGAAGGCCAGCGAGCUCUGCACGCUCUGCGGUGUCGAAAUCGCCAUCAUAGUCUUUUCUCCCGCCGGAAAAGUCUUCUCGUUCGGCCACCCGAACGUUGAGUCCAUAGUCGACCGCUUCUUGGCCCGAGGCCCGGCCCAUAUCCCAAACGGGCCGGGCCUGGGCCCGUUCCACCUGGUGGAGGCCCAUAGGAACGCGAGCGUUCGUGAGCUGAACAUGCAGUUGGGCCAGAUCCUGAACGAGCUCGAGGCCGAGAGGAAAAGAGGGGAGGAGUUAGACGGGAUGCGUAAGACGGGCCAGAGCCACUAUUGGUGGGAGGGCCCAAUUGACAAAUUGGGCCUGGAUGAGCUCCAGCAGCUCAGGGAUGCUAUGGAGGAGCUAAAGAGGAAUGUGGCGGGCCAGGCCGCCAGGAUAGCGGCUGGGCCGCCUGGCCCGAUUUAUGGGCCCAGCGGGGUUUUUGAUCAGUAUGAGAGCAAACCGGGCCAGGGGGUUGUUGGGCCAGGUAUUGGUGGGCCGGGCGGGAGUGGGUUUGGGUAUUGUCAUGGGUUUUUCUGA